AGUCAUUGCGCUGCCUUAUUGACUCUUGCGUGUACUCAAGGUCACGAACAGGUGAGAGAAAUCCUGUCGGCGGCAUCGUUUCCUCUGAACUGUCUCCUGUGCCAUCAUUGCUUCUUCUUUGUCCCCCACCAGUUUGGCGUGAGACUUGGUUGCUCCCAAUCCGACUUCUGGGCCGCGUCCUGCCUGCUCCACCACCUCCUCAUCGACAUCCCAGGAGUCCCUACACUCGGUGACAAUGGGUGGAAUAUAUCUGUAGGCAACGAUAGACCAGAUAUCGCCAGCUAGUUAACUCGCCCUCUCACCCUCUUGUCCCUCAUCCGACACAAUGCCCGAGACUCCUUUCGGUUCCAACAACCCAUUCCGCCGCAAAGCUCCAGGCUCUGGUGCCCCGCCCCCGCCUGGGCAGCCCGGGGCUCCCGGAUCAUCACCGCUCCCGGCCUCGGUCGAUCUUUCAGGCCCUCCUGCGCCUCUGCCCUCCAGCGACUACUUCCGAAGCCAGCUCCAAGCUCUCCCCCACUCAUCCCAGCCGCCGCCCUCGACGAGUUUCCAGAAGCCAAAGGUGGUUAAGAAGGUGCGCGUGCAGUCACCCCCACCAUCGUCGCCAGAAUCGUCAUCGAGUGCGCCAGAUACAUAUCCCCUAGGCGGCAAGGGUGAAGAAGAGAGCAGCACUAGCAGCGAUGAAGGAGAAGAAGAAGAAGAAGAGGGCGAGGAUCCGUUCAAGGGCGCCCCGUCGCCUCUAAGCCUCUCGGAGGAAGGACAGAUAGGCCAGAUAGGAACACCACCGCUGUCGUCGCAUAGACCUCCAGCAAAUCCGUUCCAGAAGACACUAGAGGACAGAGGACAGAAUCCCACAUACCGGCCCCAGUUGGAAAACCCCUCAUCUGGAGGAAAGGGCUCCCUUGACGUGGAGGCCUUCAGGAAGCUGCUUCUGACUGGCCUGGGGGCCGCAACUGGGACAGCCGCCGGUCCCCAGACAGCAAACCCACCGGCACCUACCGGCGACGGUGCCAGCACCACUGACGCAUCGUCUAUUUCACGGCAGUCCGUAUUUGAGACUACCCACCCGCAGGAGACUCCACGAACCUCACAUGAAAACUCCGAUCCUGGAGAUGAUGAUCAGCUUGGUUUGGUUAGUGAGCCGCUGGCCAAAACCCAGCCGGCACCGUCGACUUUGAGGAAGAAACCUCGGCCUCCAAGCUCUCGCCAUGGGAAACUUAUAGGGGUUGAUUUGAAUCAAUCAAAUAGGAAUGCCGGCCAGGUUCCUGGAGGCAUACUUCAACCAUCCUCACCCAGCCGCGCUGGCCCGAGUUCUUCUCCUGGAACAUCACCGCCGAAACAACGUCCAUCCACACCUUCAGACGUGAACAAACCCCUUCCACCAGCUCCUGCACGGAGUUCCCUGGACGAGGAUCCUGAAAGUAUCUUCGACAAGGAGGCAGCCGGAAAAGUGCCCGAGCCAAUCCCUGACCCAGACGCAGCUGUGCUACCGCCUCCCCGACCACCGACCCCCCCAAAUGCCUCUAAUUCGACAUCGGCAGCAACGUUGCCUCAAGCGUCAAGAAAACCAGCGCCCCCGCCUAGGAGGAAUCCUCACGCCAGGAUAGAAAGCAAGGCGUCUAUAGCGGCGAGACCCAACGCUACAAUGACAGCUGUGGCCCCGAGUGGUGAUGAACCCGACACUGCGCGGCGCUCUUCUGUAGACUCGACACGAUCUCGUUCCUCCAGCCUCCGCGUCAGCAUUCACGCUCCAGUCCCACCGCCGCCCCGGCGGCCGAACCACGGAUCCCGCCAAUCCGCAUCCUUCACCUCGCCCUCGGCCCUCAGCUUUUCCAGCAUCGCAUCCAGUAACAGCGCCACAAGCCCAACGCUACCCGAUCUGGAGCUGUCAUCGCCCCAUCCGCGACAUGGCAACAUCGCUGACGCCGUUAGCUCUGCCCCCAGCGCCAGCACACCCUCCGCAGCGGCCGGUACAGGCACGGCAGUCCUCACCAAUAGCACCAGCAGUCACGGACAUGGGCCGACAAAGCUAUCCCCGCCGCCGCCCCCUCCGGCGCGGAACCAGUCGGUCCGCUCGUCUGGCCGCCCGGCCAGCGUGUCGAGCUUCGACGCGACGUCGAGGCGCGUCGGCCGCGAAAAGGACGGUGGCGCGGCCGGGUCCGGGUCUAUACCGCCACCGCCACCGCCUCCGAAGAGGUCAAGGGGCGGCAGCAGAGACGGGGCCGACGGGCCGGGGCGGAGGACGAGUGUGGAUGGCGUCCGGGUCCUUGGCGGGGCGGUGGUGGAGGAACCGGGGGUAGAGGUGGUGAGGGAGGAGGGCGAGGCGGGCGCGGAAGAAGCCGCGGAUCAUUCCGCUGCGAACGACAUACUGGCGGAUCUGGAUGCGCUGCAGAGGGAGGUCGACGCGCUGAGGGGGAGGUAUGAGCAGCCUGGAGCGGGCGGUGGAGAGGUCGGUAGUUGAAGGUGAGAGGCGGGCGUCGACGGUGUUGAGAGCGAUAAUGAGGGAGACACCGAGAGCUUAAAAAAGGGGGCGCGGGGGGUUGGGGGGGGGGUCUGCUCAGUUCGAAGGUUGAACUAUGAAUUUCUUUUCGCCUUUUCUGUUUCUGAAUAUCCCAUCACGGGAAUGGGAUGACCAGGCAUCCCAGACGCAUUGGUAUGAAGGUAGCCUUGUAUACUAAAUAAAUUCAUGGUAGUUGGCAAACGAUGCUUUUCUCCCGUCUGGGCGCCAA